AUGGUCAAGGUUGCAAUAGCUGGAGGAGCAGGAAACGUAGGUCGAGAAGUCCUCGAUGCCCUCCUCGCCAGAAACAGACAUGAAAUUAUACUCCUCUCACGGAAGGACGCCCCCGAAACACCCAUCGCACCAGGAGUCAAGUGGUUCAAGACGGACUAUCAGAACGUCGACGAACUAGCAAAGCUCUUGGAGGGUGUCCACACUGUCCUUUCUUUCAUGUCCAUCUCGCCGGGUGAGACUGGAGCCGGAGCACAGAAGCCCUUGAUUGAUGCUGCAAUCCGUGCUGGGGCGAAGCGUUUCGCACCCAGUGAAUGGGCAGCCUCCAAACUCGAUCAUCUACCCUGGUACGGCUUCAAGAGAGCAACUCGAGAGUAUCUGGCCGAGAUUAACAAGGACAAUAAGGUUAUCGAGUAUACACUAUUUCAGUACGGACUCUUUACCAAUUACAUGACUUAUCCAUACAUGUCAUCCAAACACAUCAGCAUGUUUGAAACACCUGUCAACUUCAACGACUGCCGUGCUCUCCUUGUUGAUGAUGGUGAAGCUGUCAUCUCACUUAUCACAGCACAAGAUGCGGCCAAAGUCACAGCUCUGGCUGUGGAGUAUGAGGGAGAAUGGCCUAUUAUCAGUGGUAUCAAAGGAGCAGAUAUCACACUAAAUGACUUGGUGGUACUAGGAGAGAAAAUUAGAGGCAAGCCAUUUACCGUCGUAAAGCUCAAGAGUAAAGACCUUCUCGCUGGCGAAGUCAAGGCCCCAUGGCUCCCAUUGCCUGAGCAUCCAUCAAUCCCUGUUGCCGUCCGCAAAGAGUUCGCAGCCAACAUGGUGAAGGGCAUACUGCUUGGGUUCCAGGAUGGCGCGUUCCAGGUUUCUGAUGAGUGGAAUAAGCUGUUGCCUGACUUCAAGUUUACUCAGCCCGAUGAGUUUCUUAUCAAAGCUUGGGCUGGGAUUGACGCGGGCGAGAAGAGUGUGUGGACUGACUAUUGA